UGCUGCGGGAGAAACAUGGCGGAUCGGCUCACGCAGCUUCAAGACGCUGUGAAUUCGCUUGCAGAUCAGUUUUGUAAUGCCAUUGGAGUAUUGCAGCAAUGUGGUCCUCCUGCCUCUUUCAGUAAUAUUCAGACAGCAAUUAACAAAGACCAGCCAGCUAACUCUACAGAAGCAGUAUCUUCUCUAGAGUACGCCCAGCUUUUUGCAGCACUGAUUGCACGAACAGCAAAAGACAUUGAUGUUUUGAUAGAUUCCUUACCCAGUGAAGAAUCUACAGCUGCUUUACAGGCUGCUAGCUUGUAUAAGCUAGAAGAAGAAAACCAUGAAGCUGCUACAUGUCUGGAGGAUGUUGUUUAUCGAGGAGACAUGCUUCUGGAAAAGAUACAAAGUGCACUUGCUGAUAUUGCACAGUCACAGCUGAAGACAAGAAGUGGUACCCAUAGCCAGUCUCUUCCAGACUCAUAGCACCAGUGGAUACCAUGUGGCUUGAGAAAAGAACUAUUUGAGUGCCAUUAAGAAUUCUGCAUCAGACUUAGAUACAAGCCUUACCAACAAUUACAGAAACAUUAAACACUAUGACACAUUACCUUUUUAGCUAUUUUUAAUAGUCUUCUAUUUUCACUCUUGAUAAAUAAGCUUAUAAAAUCAUGAUUGAACCAGCUUUAAACUAUCAUACCAUCAUUUUUUAACUGAGUGAAAUUAUUAAGGCAUAUAAUGCAUUAAUGAACAUAAUAUAAGGAAACAUAUGUAAAAUUCUGUUAUGACAUAAUUUAUGUCUCCAUUUUGUUGUAUUGGCCAGUACUUUUACAAAUCAAAACAUCUCUCAAGCCAGAGGAGAAGACAGUAAGAACAGACAUAAGGGACAUUUUAGUUUAGGCUAGUGUCCUGCCUCUUAGAGGUGGCAUUGUGUAAAUCUGAGCUUUGAGCAAAAAGUUUUGGAAAUUGUGUUGCUUUUAAGAAAUAGUGUGGCUGGAUAAGAAAGUCACAUUUAUGCAAAUGUUUCUUCUGCUACAACCUCAUACCUGUUCUAGUUCAUCUCCACGUUUAUUUUACCAAGAAAUCCUCUGUCAAGAGAAUUUCCUUGCUGUUGUGAAAGAAUUUUUCUACAUCCUGAACUAUUUUUCCUAUUUCUUUUCACCUUGCUUUUUUUCAUCCUUAAUUUGCUUGUCAUCACAGUGAAGUAUGUUUUUUUGAAUCAUCAAUUCUUUCUCAUUCUCCAUUUAUCUGAAGGUUCUUUUGCCCUUAUUAACCUCUCAACUUUUAUUGCUGUAUUCUAGUCAGACCAGAACAUACUUCCACUACAUCAGUUACUGGGCAUCAUUUCACGUCAGUUUAUUAUUGCCAAAUAAUUUGUGUCAGCAUUUUCAACUAUGGUUACUCAUCCAACCCUUGGAUCUCUUUGAGUCUACUGAUUAUCUCCACUGGAAAGGUGGAAUUGAAAUGUGGUCCACAUUUUAACUGGCCAUCUCCUGGGGCUGUAUUUUUCAGAAUAUCCUGAGCUACAUUUGCUGCAAUCUGUUGCUAUUCAGAGUUUAAGUUUCAGGAGAAAACAGGAACAAUAGAACACUCUGCCUGUUAUUUUUGUUGUAAUCAAGCUUUUCCACAGUUCUUGAAAAGUACUAUGUUUCAAAUUUCAGGAACACCAGCAUUAGCUGUAAAAGUUGCAGCAAUUUAUUGGCUAGUCAUAGAAAAUUUUUGAACUUUUAACUGUGUAUUUUAAUUGAUGUUUAUUAAAAACACUUUGCUAUCACAGAUAUUUGGCAUAAAUCUGUACUCUUCAUUAUAGUUUUGCGGGGAGAGAAGAUUCAAUCAGAAAACUUUUUCAAAGUACCUAAGUAUUAUAAAGGAGUCAAAAAGGUACAAAUAGAAAAGGUCAAGACAUUUUUCAAAUGAGGGAAAACUAACAGGAUUUAUCACUAGUAAACCUGCUCUAAAAGAAUUGUCAAGGGAAGCUUUUUAAAAAGAAGGGAAGUUAUAGCAGAAGGAAACUUAGAAUGGCAGGAAUAAAGAAGGCAUAAUGUAUAGGGUAAAUAUAAUAGACUUGAGGUUUUAAAAAUUACAUUUGUUAUUUGAAAGAAAAAAUUAACAUUGUUUUAUGUGAUUCUCUGUAGAGGAUAUACAGGUUUUUUUUUGUUCUUGUUUCUGUUUUUUUACGGUGAAGUCUCUGUCACCCAAGCUGAAGUGCAGUUCUGUGAUCAUGGCUCACUGCAGCUUCAACCUGGGUUCAGGUGAUCAUCCCACUUCAGCCUCUUCAGUAACUGGGACUACAGGCAUGUACUACCACGUCCAGCUAAUUUUUUUUUUUUUUUUUUUUUUAGAGAUGGAGUCUCACUCUGUUGCCCAGGCUAAUGCCAAACUGCUGACCUCAAGAUAUUGAUACUAUACAGUAGACUGUAAGAAAUUAAGUAUUUGUAUCAUCCCUAGAGCAACACAGAUUUUUCCCUAAAAAACUACAGAUUAUUUUCAAAAGCAUUAAUAAAUUAAGGUGGAAUACUAAAAAAGAUUCAAGUAACCCAGGAACGAGAAAUAGAAUAAAACAAUAGUAAACCUAAAUUUUAUUUUAUUUCAUUAAUACAGCAAUAAUUAAAUGUCAAUGAUCUAAGCUGAUUUAAAUCUAAAAACUGGAUAAGAAGCUGUGGCUUGUAAUUAAAAAUAGACCUUUAUUCACUAGA